AGGAAAACAGUAGGUCCUUUAGGGUUUGUUUGUUCCAGAAAGAGAAGAGGGGAGAAACGAGAGAGGCGAUCGGCGAAAGAAGAGAGAGAGCUGCACUGAAAAAGAGAGAAAAGCACCAGAAACGAUAGAGAGAGCGAUGCAUAGAGGAAAUGGAAGAAGAUAGAAAGAUAGAAAGAUAGAAGAGGGACACGUGUCUGAGCUACGACGCGAAGGAGAGAGAUAGAAAGAAGAAAACUCAGGGGAAAAGGAGCGGAUAGCUGAAAGGAGUGGUUCCCAAAAAGUUAGAUAGGGAGAGGCUUAGGGAAGGGAUUGUGAAAGUCCCAAGGAAAAUACCAGGAGAAUUUCCUGUCUGGACCUCGGUAGGUAGGGCACUUUGUUUCUUACUUUAUGAUGGCAAGCAGCAGAUCAGAUCCGGAUGUUGAUGAUGAUUUUAGUGAAAUUUACAAGGAAUACACUGGUCCUCCUAGGUCCAUCAUUGGCAAUGCUCAAGAGAGGGUAAAAGCAAACAAGCGCUCUCAUGCUGGUUCUGAUGAGGAAGAGGAAUCUCGUGAUCCAAAUGCUGUUCCAACAGAUUUUACUAGCCGGGAAGCCAAGGUUUGGGAGGCUAAAUCAAAGGCGACGGAGAGAAAUUGGAAGAAGAGGAAAGAAGAGGAAAUGAUUUGCAAAAUAUGUGGAGAAUCAGGUCAUUUCACUCAGGGUUGUCCAACUACUCUUGGAGCGAAUCGCAAGUCUCAAGAUUUCUUUGAAAGGGUGCCUGCUAGAGAAAAGCAUAUCAAAGCACUUUUCCCAGAGAAAGUGAUACACAGGAUUGAAAAGGAUAUUGGCUGCAGAAUAAAAAUGGAGGAGAAAUUUAUAAUUGUUAGUGGAAAGGAUAGGUUGAUUUUGGCCAAAGGCGUAGAUGCUGUGCACAAAGUCAUUAAAGAGGAAGGUGACCGUAAGGGUUCCUUCAGUUCUCAUAGGAGCAGAUCUAGGUCACCUGAGCGAAGUCCUGCUGGUUCGCGGUUUCGCCGGUCUGAAUCUCAAAGAUCUUAUCCGGGUGUUCAUGCAUCAAAUUUUCAACAGAGAUUUGGUAGGCAAGAUAAGGUCCUGGAAGACCGCAUCCAUGAGGAUCUUCAGAGAUUUGGCAGGCAAGAUAAGGUCAUGGAUGACCGUGUCCAUGAGGAUCUUCAGAAGUUUCCAAGAGUUUCUCCUCCACAAGCAAGAGCUUAUGGUAAUGAUGGGGCUAGAGGCCGUUCCAGUCAUUCUAAAUCUCCUGGGCAUCCUCAUUACACUGGCAACUCAUAUAGUUCAUAUGAUGGGCAUAGCUCGAGCAUGGGUGGUUAUAGAACAGAGAGAUGGGAUUCUGAGAGACGUGGAUCUGAUGUCCAACUGGGCCAUCAAUUUGAACACACCACCUUCCCACAAACAUUAGAAGAACUAGAAUUGGAGUAUAAGAGGGAGGCAAUGGAUCUAGAAAGGAUUCGUGACAAGGAAGAGGAUGAAGAGAAUUACAAGCACCGUGAGGUACGUAUCCUGGGAGAUAUAGGACAAUCUAGCUGGCUUGUCAAAAUGUUCUUAUCUUUUGUGAAAUAUGCUGGGCAUGUGGGACCCUGUGAACUCCAAGCACAGUUGUAGCUACCAAGCAAAUUAAGAAUAAUUUGGAUC